AUGGAUAAUUUACAGAUAAAAUCAUCAUUUGUGAACAAAAACCUUUAUGCAUUAUCUAGAAUUUUGGUAACAGUGGGAUGUCUAUCCCUGGUGAUAAACGAUGCUGGAGGCAACCCUCUCCCAGAUCUCCUAUGGGAAUGCAACAAUGGAAGUUCAACAAAGAGAAGUAAUGAGUCAACUGUCACAUCAUCUGUUUCGUGGGUGGCUAAACAAGGACAAAAUAAAAAGUGUUUCUGUAGGUCUUUACACUCAGAAAGUAAUCAGUCCGUUGAAGUUAAUUUGGAUGUUUUGUUUCCACCAAAAGUACCAAACGUGUCAACAGAUUCGGUCAAUGUUGAAAGUACGAUAAACAAAAUUAUAAACACGUCACUUGUUAUUCAUUGCAACAGCACAGGUAACCCGGAACCAAAUUUUAUUUGGUUGCUGCCAGACAAAUCAAUUUCAAAAGGUGAUGCACUUAUAAUAAACCAUAUAGACAUGUCAAAUAAGGGGACUUACUAUUGCAAAGCAGAAAACAUGUUGAAUCCUUCAAAUGGCAAUGUUGAAAUUGGAAGAAGCGAAGUAUCUAUUGAUGUCCAUUUAUUGAAAAUUCAAAAUUUUAAAGUGUGA